AUGUGCAAAGAAAAACAGCGAAUCAGCGGAUCAGAAUCCGCCCAAGCAACAAUUAUUAUUUAUAAUAAUCCGGUGGGAAUUUCCGUGACCCGUCGGAUCAUUUUUUUUCCUCAUCCUGCCAAGCGUCCAACGUGGGGGUUCUCCCGAUGCAAAGCUCAGGUCAUGAACCUCGUUGGCAUCUUCCUGACAAGCCAUCGUGGGAAUUCAUGUUGGCUUGACACAGCCCACCCAACAUCGGGCCCUCGUCGCAGGUCAAGCCGAGGGAAACUGGCCGAUGUCAUGUCCACAGAGGAGGUCAAGCCAAUGACACUCCCUUGCGUCAGGCCAGCGUGGAGGGCAUGUCAACGUGCGCCUACUACGCCAGGCCCACGUGACAGGUCAGGCGGACAGCCUGACCCGACUCCUCCCGCUGUGGCUCGGAACCUGUGGUGUAAGUGUGGCCCUGGGACACCCAUGGCUUCCUGCUGUCCCCAACAAGAGACAAACAGCGCCGCGCCGUCCUGCCUCGGCGAGGCCGCCACCACAACGGCCCACCGCUGA